CGGCGGCGCCGGGCCAUGGAGGCGGAGGGCGGGGCGCUGGGCCCCGGCGAGCGCUGGGCCCCGGUCGGGGCGGUGGCGGAGGCGGAGGCGGGCGAGGCCGGGGCCCCGGGCGGGUCGGGGCCGGGCUCGCCGGCGGGCUCGCCCCGCUCGCUGCCGCGGCUCCGCGCCGAGCGCCGCCGCCUGCACGGGGCCCUGCUGGCGCUGGUCUCGCACUUCGCCCAGGUGCAGUUUCGGCUCCGCCAGGUGGCGCGCGCCGGGCCCGCCGAGCAGCAGCGGCUGCUGCGCGAGCUCGAGGACUUCGCCUUCCGCGGCUGCCCGGCCGCGCCGGGGGCCGGGCCCGGGGGGGCGCCGGGGGAGCGGGAGAAUCAGGAGCGAAUUGAGGCCCGGAAGGAGAAGCAGCGAGAGCUGAUCCUGCAGCUCAAGACGCAACUAGAUGACUUGGAGACCUUCGCUUACCAAGAGGGCAGCUAUGAUUCACUGCCCCAAUCCAUGGUCAUGGAAAGACAGCGGAUGAUUAUAGAGGAGUUAAUAAAGAAGCUGGAUAUGAACUUGAAUGAGGAUAUUGCGUCACUGUCCCCAGAGGAGCUGCGGCAGCAGGUGGAUGUGGCUGUUGCCCAGAUUGUCAAUCCUGCAAGGGUGAAGGAGCAGCUGGUGGAACAGCUGAAGACACAAAUACGGGACCUGGAGAUGUUCAUCAGCUUCAUUCAGGGUGAAGCUGGAAAUCCUGUCCAGGUGGAGGAUGGACAGUGUGCAUGUUCAGGCAGGAAGCCUGGAAGUGGCCCCUACAAACCGAAUGCCAGGCUGCCUCCCGGGAAUAACAGAGUGAACCCAGAGGAUGCCAGGAAGAUGCGAGAAACAGGCCUGCACCUUAUGCGUCGCAUGCUUGCUGUGCUGCAGAUAUUUGCUGUCAGUCAGUUUGGCUGUGCUACAGGUCAGAUCCCCCGCACCCUCUGGCAGAAGGACCAGGCCAAUAAGGACUAUUCUCCCUUAAUUAAGAAACUGGAAUUUUCUGUAGACCAAGUGAGGCAGCUGGCACUGAAGCACCAGCACCAGGAUCAUGUGCUCAGCUAUUCCAGCAUGCAGGAUGUCUCCUUAGGAGCAAGAGAUGAGCUGACGCUGGCUGUGCGGAAGGAACUGACCAUUGCUAUACGAGACCUGAUGGCUCAUGGGCUCUAUGCCUCUUCUCAAGGGAUGAGCUUGGUGUUGGCACCCAUUGCGUGCCUGAUUCCUGCACUUACCUCGUCGCCACAGACCAUGCACCCCUGGGAACUCUUUGUGAAGUAUUACAACACCAAGAACGGCCGCGCCUUCGUGGAGUCCCCAGCGCGCAAGCUCUCCCAGUCUUUUUCCCUUCCCGUGAUGGGGGGCAUCACUGUGACCCCCAAGCAGAGCCUGUUAACGGCUAUUCACACUGUCCUCACAGAGCAUGAUCCAUUCAAGCGCAGUGCGGACUCUGAACUGAAAGCCCUGGUGUGCAUGGCAUUAAAUGAACAGCGUCUGGUUUCCUGGGUGAACCUGAUCUGCAAAUCUGGGGCUCUGAUACAGUCUCACUAUCAGCCCUGGAGCUACGUGGCCAACACAGGCUUUGAGAGUGCACUCAACCUUCUCAGCCGCCUGAGCAAUUUAAAGUUCAACCUUCCUGUUGACCUGGCUGUCCGGCAGCUGAAAAACAUCAGAGAUGCUUUUUGAUGUGCCCUUUCUGGAUUAGCCCCCUUUCCCCCAUAGGAAUGUAUUAACUUACUUGCUUAGAGGAGGAGCCUUGUUUAUGACCAAACUUGCCGCCUUUGAAGCUGGUUGUGUCUACUAGGAUAGCAGUCUCCUGUCUUGAUACUGGAAACCUCCCUUACAAGAUUGCCUGUGAGGAAAUGCUGCAGAUGUUUGGGUUGUGUGCCACCUCGCCCAGGCCUAUGAUAAUGCAGCUCCUAACAGCAGAGCUGCUGCACCCCAUCUGCCGGUGCCUUGCCUCUGUCACAUGCAUUAGGAGUGAACCACUGUCUGAAAUGCAAUAAAAAGGGCCUGAUUUUACAGCCAGUGCAUCGGAGCAGCUCCCGUGGAGUUCAGUGGAAGCAGUUCCUGUGCUGUGGCUGCACGUCAGCCCCCAGAAUUUUUAGUCUAAAAGCUGUCACUUGUGGCAUUUGGCUAUUUCACACAGAGUUGGGUGCGGCUUUUUGACAGAUAUACCUUCCUUCUGCUGCUUAGGCUUGAUGUAACAUGCCCGGUGGUGGAGUCAGACAUCCCCUCCCCCACGUUUAUGUAGAUUUUGAAUGUACAGGAGGCCUGGGAACAAUUUCUGCCCUGAGCUAUAGUUGCCUGUUGGUUUGUAUCUUGCAGGAUUAGUGGCUGCAGAAGUCCAGACAUUGAGAUUCUUUGGACUAUGGGGUGACAGGUGACUCGAUUGAGCAUUCAGGUGCAUUGUGUAAGAAUCUCAGCUCCCUCUUGGAGCUUUGGUCAAAGCCCUGAAUACCAGUUCAGGCCAGGGUUUCAUUGCAGAUGCAUUGGUUUAACAACUGUAAACAAAUAUUCCCUUUUCCAGUUACUGUGUUUAACUUGAGUUAAUUAUUAGCCCCUGUGCUGCAAGAACAGUUGCUCAUAUGGCUCCUUGUAGAAAAUAAAUUGUAGUAGUUACAGAUGUCUGAUAUUCCCAGUGUAAUUCCUGAGAGCACUUCUGUGGUCAGUAUCUCUUGGCCAGAACUUUCUACAUCGAGUGUAUUUGGUUAUUGUGUAACUGAGCAUUUUCUGCUGGUCUGAGGGCAAAGCUUCCUGCACUGGUUACAGGUAGGUCUGCAGUCAAAUCAGUCAGCGCUGUGGAAGUAGUAAUCUGCAAGAGAAAAUCACUUCUGGCAUCAGAAGAGAACUGAGGCUUUGACUGGAAUAGAGCUGAGGGGAGUGGUCUCCUUUGUACAUGCAUCAGUGAUGCCCUGAGCAGCAGGUAGUGGAUUUAUAUGGGAAACAGUAGUGUCUCAGUGUGGCCUCCUGUUCCCUUCAGCUUCCUGGCAAAACAGCAACAUCCGAGUCUCGGGCACAUGGGGGAGGGUUGGGAGUGACCAUUCCAGUUGUACAUUUAGUAGCUAGAAAUAGGGCUGUCAAGGUAGUUUCUUUGUUCCCAAUUUCCCCACUGUUCAUAAUAGCUCUCUCUUUGAAGCUUGAAAAGGAAUGUUUUCUUACUACCAGUUCCUCUCAGUUGCACGCACAGUUUAGUGCAGUCGGGCUGCACGCUUCUACUUAUUUCUGACUAAAAAGCAUUGAAACUAUUAUUUGGGAAAACAUCUAGAAUUACAUAGACUGACACCACAGAUUUUGGACAUUGAGCACUGGGGCCCAUCUGCUCUCAUUGAAGUUAAUGACGAAGUUGCCACUACAGAGAGACCAGAAUCUGCUCCUUCCCCCCCCCCCAAAAAAAAAAAAAAAAAAAUUAUUUGCGUGUUUGGAGCAGAGUGAAAUUUACAGUACACUGUAAGGAGGGUGUUAGUUUCUUUGAAGAAUUAGUGGUUAGUAAUACAUUCCUCCACAUGUUUUUAAUGCAGAAAUAGUUUACUGUAAUAUAAUGAAAACCAGCAGCAGUGACUCUUACAUAUGUGGAAACUGUUUUCAUGUUGUACCCUUCAGUUAUGAAACUGUUCAUGUAUUUUCAGAGGCUUGUCUAAGGGUGAAAAAUUCCAAGCUUAUUUAUCCAGAUAAACUUGUCUUCCUGGACAGCAAAUUAUAGAAUUACCAAUGACCAACCACAUUAAGAUUAGCUGGAGAGGCAAGAUUUAAUUCAAGAAUAAUUUCCAUGGAACAUUCCCCUUUCUGGUUUGACUAUUUUUUGUCUGAAAUCUGUAUGUUUUUGUUAAAUCUGUGGCAGUUACAAAUAAGUUGGCAGUUGAAGUGUCUGAUUGCUGGAAAGGCUUUUCUGGGGCCCUCAAUGGUUCCAUAAAGCAUCUUGUCUUCAGGUUUUUCUGAUUCUUAACUCCAUUUUGUGUUAACAGUGCUAUGCUGGAGAAGUUUGUGUUGUACACUAGUUCAGAAAUCUGCUUUAUUUCUGAUGUUGAUUUUGUUCUGAUUUUAGGUCUGUGCAUAUGUGCAAUAGGAUGGAUGUAUUUGUGUUGUGGAGAGUACAAUAUCUAUUGCUGAUAAUAAAAGUCAUAGUGGUUUGUGUAUGUUUUAUUACGUGUACAUUAAUAAACUGUUAAUACACCCUCUCA